GUUGGGUAGUGUAGACUAUAUGCAAUCCAAGCAAAUGCAUAUUUUUGAUGUGAUAAACGAUCAGCUGGAUAUUAAAAAAUUGUAAAACGUAUUAAUAAAAAGAAAGUAAAUUAAUUAUAUCAAAGGUAUUGAAUAAUUUUUAAGCAAAAUGACUACAGCUGCAAGACCAACAUUUGAACCUGCUAGAGGCGGACAAGGACGUGGAGAAAAAGAUUUAAGUGCAAUAUCAAAACAAUACAGCAGUAGAGAUUUACCGUCUCAUACAAAACUAAAAUAUAGAGAACAUGGACAAGGAACAAUAGAAGAAUUGAGGAAUCGUGAUUUCCGUAAAGAAUUAGAGGAGCGUGAACGUGAAAGGGAGAAGGAGAAAAGUUCUAAUCGGCGUAUGAUAGAAGCACCUAGAGAAACUUCCACGUCGAGUGCAAAAAGACAGAAGCUUGAUCAAGUUCCUACAGCAAGCUUAGAUGCAGAUGAUCCUCUCGAUGAUGAUGAUUCAGAAUCCGAAAGUGAUGAGGAUGAUACUGCAGCUCUUUUAGCUGAAUUACAGCGCAUUAAGAAGGAAAGGGCUGCGGAACAGGCUAAAAAGGAAAUGGAGAAACGGCAGGAAGAAGAAAGGAUAAGAAUGGAAAACAUUUUGUCAGGAAAUCCUUUAUUAAAUUAUUCAGCUCAAAGUGCACGAACGGACAUGAAAGUCAGGCGACGAUGGGACGAUGACGUCGUGUUUAAGAACUGUGCUCGUUCCGAACCUAAAAAGAAGCAUGAUGUGUUCAUAAAUGACUCGUUAAGAAGCGAAUUUCAUCGUAAAUUUAUGGAAAAAUAUGUUAAGUGAAGACACUGCUAGAAAGAUUACAUUGCAUCUGUACAUACUUCUAAGUUAAUUUCAUUAUACCGUAAUUGUACAAGUUUCAUACUAGAAAUUUACAAUUGGAAUGUUGUGAGAGAGUAUUUAUACAAGUUUAAAGUACGUUAAGGACAAUUUACUUCGUAAGCAAAUUUCAUUAAACUGUAUUUUACAUAUCUUA